AUGGAGGCCUUGACCUUGGGUGCGACCGACUUAUCACGGUUCGACGCAUUCUCCAUCAUCUCCGUCGGCUAUAAAACAGUUAGCGACCAUACAAUCACCGUGGACGUGCUCUAUCCCAAGAUGUUGAACGAACCAGCGCAGCAGCAGUUACUCUCCGUCCCCCGACCAGUCCUACUUCGCUAUCAUGGUGGCGGCCUUAUUGCGGGCUACAGUCUCUUCCCUCCAUUUUUCAGCCCGUGGUAUCUCGAACUAGCGCAGGAAUACUCAGCCAUCAUCGUUUCUCCAAAUUACCGACUGUUGCCGGAGUCUUCUGUGCCGGAUGUGCUUGAGGACGUGGAAGACCACUGGCAAUGGAUGCAUCAAUCGCUUCCCACCCUACUGCAGCGAGAAACAAAUGGUACCGUGAAGGCCGAUCUGAGCCGGAUAAUGACAAUUGGUGACAGUGCUGGCGGCUAUCUCAGUUUGCAUAUGGGUUUAAGUCACCCAGACGAGAUUCGAGCGGUCAAUGCCGUUUAUCCUAUGGUCAACCCGAAAGCAUCCUACUUCAACAAUGGCCAGGAGCGACCUGUACUCAACCUCCCGGCUUAUCCACCGGAUACUCUGAGAUUACACCUAGACAGUAUUAGGAGACAGGAGGGAGUUACGCAAAAGCCUGUGAUUGUAUCCGCUGCCGCUGACGCUGAUCGAUUCCGCUUAAUGUUUGCGGCAUGCCAGCAUGGUCAGAUAGGCCAACUUUUCCCAGCAGCUCCCAAUAGUCCCUAUCUCCUUGGAAGACUCGAUGCUGGGGCACAGUUUCCACGCGGUGGAGUCUUGAUACUCCAUGGACGGGAUGACAGUGUGGCCCCUGUUGAGGAGAGCUACAUGUUACAAAGAAAACUUGCCCAUGUUGACCCUAGCCUCAACUUUCGACUUGUCGUGCGGGAUGGAGAGCAUGGAUUUGACCACCUGGCCAAGCUACAUGAUGGUUGGCUGUGGGAUGCAAUUCAAGACAUUGUUAGAUCCUGGCUUGACUAA